GCAUAAUGCUAAAUGAUUUUAAGAUUUGAUAUAGUCCGUGAAUAAUGGUGGUCAUAAUAAACCACUACUGCAUGACUCCCUUUGGAGUCCGGGUCCACUUGUUCAUACAUCCACUGUUGCUAAAAUAUGCUUUUGGACAAGUCAGAGAGACAAUAUACAUACAAACUCAAAACUCUCCUUUAUCUGUCUGUAAUAUCCACACUUUUAUGUGUUUGUAAUCGCAUUUAUAUCUAGCCUAUUGUUUUUUUUAAGGCUCGGAAUGUAACCUUUUUCAAUUCGAAAAUCAAUUUUUAAUGUUGAAUUCAAACUUUUGACAGGGAGAAAAAAAAGGGAUCCCCCGGAUAGAUUCCCAGAUGACGUCAUCUCACCUGCCGUAUGUGAUCUUCUCACCUGCAUGGCAUUGCAGAGUACUUCAUUUAGUUUUGAUUCUCGUUGCGGUUGCCAGGGCAGUGGGUGGGUCCCGCGCUGCUUUGUCGUCCUCGCCAACGUGAGGGCGAGGCGGUGAGAGGUGAGGGGGUUCUCCGACGAUCGCUUGCUCGCUACGGCGCGUCGACGCCGCCACCCUCUCCGCGUCCUCGCCGCGCGCCGUUGGGCUUCUCCGCGCGCCAUUCGGUCCAAGCAGCGCGACAUCCUACGCCACCGACCACCGGUCGCAAGCAUCGGCCCCCUCUCCGGUCUCCGCGUACGUCCUCGCUGCCGCUGCAGUCAUGGCGGUGUUCAAGAUGAUCCGCCGUUUGGUGGUCUCCUCGCUCCCUCACGCCCGGAUUCUCACCGGCGCCUCCUCGUCGGCGACGCCCGCGGCAACUCCUCCUGCUUCCACCGUCUUCUUCGUCAACACCUCGCCCUCUUCAGCGGCGACGCUCACCGCCAGCGCCUCUUCGUCGGCGACGUCCGCGGCGACCUCCCUCGCCUCCGCGACCUCCCGCGCCUCCCCGUCGGCGACCUCCCGCUCCUCCCUCGUCUCCAUCGUCACCGACUCGCUCUCUGCGGCGGCGACUCUCACCGCCAACGCGUUCUCGUCGGUGACGUCGGCGGCGACUCCUCCCGCCUUCCUCGCCUCCGUCUUCACCACCGCGCCCUCUACAGCGGCGACUCUUGCCGGCAGCUCCUCCUCGUCGGUGACGUCCGCGGCGACCUCGCCCGCCUCACUCCUCUCGGCAUCUUCUCUGCCCUGGACGUCGUCGUGGCCGCUAACACCGCCACCGAACAGGGCCCUUGCUGUCUUCUCACCAUCGCCGCGAUCUACUUGGACAAGAUCCUCGGCUACAUCGAUGACUUCCAUGCGGCUCCAGAACAAGGCGUAUUGCAGCAGCAGCAGCAAUGCACCAACACAGGAUGAACUUCCUGAAGAUGUGAUAAAAUACGAUAGCAUUCUACAAUCCUCCCGUUCUGCUAUUCCAUUUGUGCACCCGAUAGAGUAUUUGCAGGGUCAUGCAGUGUUCUUUAGUAUUCCAGGGGACGUGCAACUUCUGGGUGAAACUUACCUACCAAAGGGGCAAAUGCUGAUUUCACCGAAAGAACAACUCAUGUUCACAGGCAGGGGAAGUGUGUUUGCGCAGUCAUAUCUUGAGGAGAUUUAUGUGAUGCUUUUACAAGGAAAAUGUCUUCACAAACCUCUUAGCAUGGAUGACAUGGUAGUCAGUGCCCUUGGCAGAGUUCAUUUGAGAGAUGGAAUUCUUAUGAGGCCUAUAGCUGAGUCUCGCAGAGCUGCAAUCAUCAAUUCUACCUGGUUUGAAGCUAUGAAGCUCCUGAAACAAAUGCUUGCGUACGCAAAUCCACAUAAUUUCGAUCUUCCACCUGACUUCCUGCACCUUUGCAAUACUAUGGAAAACCGAUAUGAACCAAAGGGCAUGAACAUACCUUAUCAUGCAUCAUUGUUACCCCUCCACUCGAGGCAGCAGGCUCUACUUGAUGCAUUUAACUUGCUGACAAACAGGAUGAACUUCAGAUAUGCAUCUUGGAUUUCUUGUGAAUUGCCUCAUAGGACGGAGUGGCCGCAAGUUCUGCACGGGAACAACUUCCUGCGACAGUGGUUCCGCGACAAACAAUGGCUGAAUGAUGAUGGUACAAUCAAAGUACCCACUGGUAUUGAGUUCUUGUGGGCCCACAGAGUGCUUUGUUGUCAUUCGGAUGACUAUGCCAGGAAGGGUGUUUGCAUGUACACUUGGGAACAGCUGCACCUUCUAAUCCAUGGUAAAAAUCCCUUGGUUCUACCUGAUCUGCACCUGAAGCUCAUGAGGGCAGGUCUUCUCCACUUACUGGACCCGGCAAGAUUAUUUGCCUAUACCACCAAGAGAGCAGAAGAUUUUCCCCUACCCCACCCAACAUCCUGAAAGAGUCCAUAUAGGCACUGAUCGGCCUAGCAACGAUGAGGGAGGAUAGCAAGAAUGCUAACUGGGAAUGGUUAUGUUUGAAAUGUUUCUUAGGCUCUUAACACUGUUUUUGCUUUGCACUUCUGGUAUCAUUUUCGUUUCUGUUAUCACUUUUGUUUUGACGUAAGUGGUGCACAAUAUUACUCAUUCUGAUUUGUGAAGAAAAACUCGAUUCAAAUUGUGGACUGCAUGAGUGUUGGACCAUGUAAAUUGUGCUGUUGCGUGACCAUGACCAAUGAACCAUGUGUUUGGCACUUGAAUCCUAUGCUACCAAAAUUUCAGUUGUACGUAGAGAACAAAUAGUUCGAUUACAAUGUUUCAAGGUGAUUGAAGAAUUACAGAUACUCUUGUCAUCACUUGAAGAGUCUGCUCUUAUUCACAGCCAUUUUUUCUUCUUCAGAUAUUGUAUGUAUACAGAAGGACAUGAUGCAAUAUACUGAGAGCAAAUAACAAAAAUUCAGUAAUUUUCUGAAAUGGGAAAGGAAAAACAAAGCUUCAGCAGUCUAAAUUCAUGCCUAGCAUGCACAUGCGAGCUCAACAGAAGCCACACUGACAUCUGCGUUGCAUACAUGCCUCUUCGUUCUAAUGCCAAAUCCAAUCUUGUAAGCAUGUACGAUGACAAAUGGGCCCAUCUGUGUCUAUAAAAUAUGGACCCAGUAUCAUUACAGUAAAGGUUAAUGUUUGCAGUGUUAUUAUUGUAAAUCUCCCGGAGUAUGUUGUAUGACUGCUUUGCAUCUUGUUCAGAACGAAGGAUCUGUUGGUUGCAAUACUCCAUGCUUUGCAUCAAGAUUCGGUCUCACUCUCGUCUUCCUCCCUCUCGGUGUCUCCGCCCCGCCGUCACCGAUCUCCCGCCUCCCGCCUCCGCCGCCGGCGACUGCUCCCGCGCCCGCUCCCCGUCGUUGCUUCCGUUCCGCAGAUCGAUUUCCUUCAAUGGCGGCGGCGGAGGAGGGGCAGUGGGUGCUCAUGGCCACCGGCCGAUCUCCCACCAACAUCGCCGUCAUCAAGUACUGGGGGAAGAGGGACGAGGCGCUCAUCCUCCCCGUCAACGACAGCAUCAGCGUCACCCUCGACCCCGACCACCUCUCCGCCACCACCACCGUCGCCGUCAGCCCUUCCUUCCCCUCCGACCGGAUGUGGCUCAACGGCAAGGAGAUCUCCUUGUCAGGAGGGAGGUUCCAGAGCUGCCUCAGGGAGAUCCGGAAGCGUGCUCAAGAUGUCGAGGAUGAGAAGAAGGGGAUCAGGAUCAAGAAAGAGGACUGGGGGAAGCUACAUGUACACAUAGCAUCGUACAACAACUUCCCCACUGCUGCUGGUUUGGCCUCUUCGGUUGCUGGCUUGGUUUGUUUUGUUUUCACCCUUGGAAAUCUAAUGAAUGUGAAAGAAGAUUAUGGUGAACUUUCUUCCAUAGCAAGGCAAGGGUCUGGAAGUGCAUGCCGCAGUAUAUAUGGGGGAUUCGUGAAAUGGUGUAUGGGAAAAAAUAAUGAUGGAAGUGACAGCAUAGCUGUACAACUUGCUGAUGAGGCACACUGGAAUGAUCUUGUUAUUAUCAUAGCAGUGGUCAGUUCAAAGCAGAAGGAAACAAGUAGCACUAGUGGGAUGCGAGACAGUGUUGAAACAAGUCCCCUUUUGCAAUAUAGGGCCCAGAUGGUGCGAUGAUGCAGUGGGCGGCGGAGGCGGAGACGUGCAACUACCCAAUCUACAAGUGCGAGGGGGUGUGCUACAAGAGAGGCAAGUGCAACGCCUGCUGCAAGCAGCUCGGCUUCCUGGGCGGCAUGCUCUGCCUCUGCUGCCACGAGGACGACGACCAGCCGCCGCCCUCCUCCACUCACCUCCCCGUCGCCGCCAUCGAUCACGAUCACGAUCACGCCGCCGACAUGCCAUGAUCAUCAUUCAUCCAUCUAUAUAUUGCUUAUUUGCAUGCACUGCAGAUACCAAUCUCAUCUCCUACUCCCAUGUAUAGUUGGAGUACAUAUAUAUGUUGGCUGGAUCAUGAGCCACCGGAUGUGAUGUGAGCAAUUAAUAAUAAUAAUAAUAAUAAUAAUAAUAAUAAUAAUAA